AGCUCGCGGAUUGCGGUGUAGAUUUUAGUAGAAGUAGGCUGGAUAGAAAUAUGAAGAUGGAGGCUCCGGGACAGGAAUCUUCCCCUAAUAGCGUGGAAGAUGUCUCUAAUGACCCAGGAAAGAUGUUCGUAGGAGGCCUGCAUUAUCAAACCUCUGCAGAUAGUCUUAGGGAGUAUUUUGGCAAGUAUGGUGAGGUUAAAGAGGCAAUGGUGAUGAAAGAUCCGACAUCAAAACGUUCAAGAGGCUUCGGGUUCAUUACCUUCCGAGAUCCGUCUAGUGUAGACAAGGUGUUAGCUAACGGACCCCACCAACUAGACACAAAAACGAUUGACCCUAAAGUAGCCGUUCCCAAAAGAUCACAGCCAAAGGUGGUAACACGCACAAAGAAGAUAUUUGUCGGAGGCUUAGCUUCAGCUACUACUGUAGAAGAUUUAAAGAAUUAUUUUUCCAAGUAUGGCAAGAUUGAAGAGGCCAUGCUUAUGUAUGAUAAAACUACACAGAGGCAUAGAGGCUUUGGCUUUGUAACAUUUGAAGUUGAAGAUAUAGUGGAUGAAGUUUGCAACAUUCAUUAUCAUGAGAUAAAUGGUAAAAUGGUAGAAUGCAAGCGUGCCCAACCCAAAGAAGUGAUGCUUAGCGCAGCAAACCUGGCACGUGGGCGGGGCAUCGCCAGGGGAGCCUAUGUGACGGAGGAAGGUGAAUUUGUGUGGGAUUUACAGUCCGAUCUAUUACUGCCCGAGCUCUCGUCGGCACUUUCAGGGUUCUUUCCAGCGGGAUUCCAGGCUGCAUACGCUGCCUAUGGCCGCGGGUUCCACACAGCAGGGUUCUCACCAGCCUAUUACUAUCCAGCUGCAGCAGUGUUGAACAACUAUCAAGGGUUCGCCCCCGCUACCUCUCCGGCUGCGACUAACCGCGUUUUCCCUCCUACCAACAGCCCAGGGCCCAUUGACUUGUACAGCUCCGCUGCCGGGGACGGGCUCGGAUACGUCCAGGCUGCAAGCCCCCAACCCUCAGGAUUCGCUAACAUUAGUGGCACCCUGAUUGCAACCAGCUUCCAAAAUGGCUACCACUGAGAGGAUGACUGAAUGUGCAGAGAGCAGGCUAACUUCGGGAGCUCCAAUUUGAACCGACAUUUUUGAUGGAAGCCUCCAUUCUCCAGCAGUCCCAUGCAAAUCCCCUGCUCCCGUUACCCCUUUUAAAGAUCCCCCCGGGGCCUGGCAAAAAUCACCCACUCGGGAAGAGCUGGCUGUAACUAUUGUUGUUACUCACCCCGUACCCUGGUUUUUGGGUGUGGCGUUGUUUGGUGUAUUGUUACAUUGUUCAUGAACAACUUAAUAUGUCCCAUGUAUCUCCACUAUAUUGUGUGUACAGACAAAAACACACUCUGUUGCUACCACAGCUGUGUUUACAGGAGUUUUUGUCUUGAUUGUUUAUAAAUUCUUUAUACAUGUAUUUGUUUUGGAAGGGAUUUUCUUUUUAUUUUGAUCACCAAUCUUUUUCGUCCAACAUUAUAUGCUACUGUUUGUCUUUGUUUUUGUUGUUUUUAACCAUCAUGUGGGUUUGUACAGAAUGUGUAGGUCUUUUAGCUAACAUUGUAUCUUUUAGAAUUUAUGGCAUUUUUUUUUUUUUUUGAUUUUUAUUAUAACAUGAUACUGGCUUGCAUUUUUAUCAUUAUUUUUGGCAAAACAUAUUCUAGAAGCAAUACAUAGGAAAUCAGUUAUAAUAUACUCUAUGAUUUGUUAACAUUGUAUGAUACUUCCUGAUGUUUGGGGUUACAGACUAGCUUUGGCCCAAUGCCAAAAGUUGUAUUAUGCCUCUAUUUUUGUAUGGGUUUUGUUGGUCAUUUUUGAAGAAGGAAAAAUCAAGAAUCUCUCUGAACUUGGGAUUUUUACCCCUUGGUUACAAUUUUUGCCCCUCUUAGCUUGGUUACAAUGUUAUAUUUUACCAUUUUAGUACUUUAGUACGUGUUAUGUCUACGCAAAACUUGAUUGGCUACGCUGUAGUCCACCUGGAAUCAAGGUAAAAAGACCUGAUUCCAUGAGAGAGGCCAGGCCAUUUCCUAUUGGAAAAAUUUUCCUCUGGAAUAAGUUUUCUUAUUGGAUAAUCUCUCCAAGAAUUUGGGCAGCUUUGUAAUAUGUCUGCUAUCACAUGACUGACCACCUGGUGACGUCAUCUAAUACAUGAAACCAGGUGAGUAGAGCCAUACCCUUGCUGUGGGAACAAAUUGCUUCACUCUGUCCCCUUUACCGAGUCAAAACCAAUCCCUGUAGUCCUUGUGGUCAUCUUACGUAAUACGUGGGGGUGGGGGGAAUUCCCAAUUGCCUUGUGAUGGGCGGAUAUAUGUGAAUUUAUCAUGCCCAGUGUAGCAUCAAAUCAGUUUCUCAUGUAAUUUACGUGUCCUUUUGGGAUAACACAAGUACGGACGUACUGUCACACUGUUCUCAGUUCAUAUGACCAUGGUUAUAGACCCAUGUUACCAGAGAAUUCUGGGUAUUUUACUCCGUGUAUAAAGCAAUAUUUACGGAUUCUGCUUGUUUUUUUAUUGUCUUGAUGACAAACUAUUUUGACUGGUUUUGGCUGAGAAGUGAUGUUUCUAACUUUAGCUCUCAUUUAGCCUUCUUUUUUAUAAUCUCUUUGUACAGUGGAACCAAAAUUGUAUAAUAAAAAGUCCUUGUCUAUAAAGAAGAGGUAGACCUAGUAAGUUAUAGUGGGUUGGAGUCUGCCGGGCCAAUCAGCAGUCUCGUCCGAUGAACAGGUUAAUUCUGAUUGGAUCACGUGGAGCAUUUUGCUAAGGUGAACUCUUUAUUGGUUGAUCUGUUUAUCACUUGACUAAUCGUAGCUCCGGUAGAAACCCUGGCUGUUCGGGCAGAGUUCCACCCACAAAUAGAAUGUUGUUCAACUUGUGUUCAGACAAAGGUCCCAUUUUUUUUAUAGUAAAGUAAAAUACUAAUAAUAGAAAUCAUGGUGAAAAAUAAUACAAGUUUUACCUGUUUUGUUUUUGACAUGUCAUGGCAUAUCUAUAGUGUAAAAGUCAAGUGCAUACUGGUCAAAGUAGAAGGGAAGUGCUGAGCAUUUCCUUUGGUUCGCAUUGAAUGCGGUGAUCGUGCGGCUCAAAUGUGAUAUAUCCAUCAAUCUUUUGUACUCGUCGUGUUUCCGUAGCUUCAGCGAUCAUCAUUUUAGACGUGUUUUUUACCAUGAUUUUGGAAACAAGAGCGGAUCUUUGUCUGGAUGCAAAACUAGGGCUGUAGUUGUGUCAAGGGAGUAGAUAAUUUAGACAUUUGUUUUUUGAUUUAUGAAAAAGGCAAACCUAAGCAAUAGAUAGCGUGGGCAGUGUAGAAUGGAUGUAGAACUGCCAAAUUCAGCGCAGGGAACACUUUAUAUUAUAUCUGUACAGCGUUAUACGUCAGAGAUUACCGUGUUUCACUGCGGUAUUUUAUAGUUUUGUUUCAUUUUCCCCCCUGUUUCUGACAUACACGUUUGUUGUUCUAUUUAAGAUUAUUGUACAAACGUUCAUAUAUUUACCACAAUGUAUGGUAACCGUGUUAUUGUACAAAUUUUUAUCUUAAAAAAAGAGUUCAGUUUUCUUUUUUGGCAAGCUGGACGGAACAUUUUUACCCUAUAUUAUUUCCCCCCACAAUUCUUAUAUCGGGUUCGUCAAUUGUCUGUUGAGACUUUUGUUUUAGACGCAUUGUAAGCUGGUGAUCAGCUGACGUACUACCCAUGAAUAAAUAAGUAAAUAAAU